GCUGGCAACACUUGCCUCUAAGCUUCUCCUUUGUUCCUCAUUUCAUCUUCUUAUUCUUCUCCACCAUCAUUUUCCUCUUUUUUUCCCCUUAAAAUCUCACUUUUUAAACAACCCAAAAACCUUAAUUUUCUCAAACCCCAAAACUCUUUUUCCCCUAUGCACUAACACCAAGAUGUUGUUUCAUCAUAAUCUUGAAAAAUCCUUUUUCAUAUCCACUUUUCUUUUAUUUUCUAUAUUGGUUUUAGUCUCAGCAGAAUCAUCAAUAUAUGAAGUUCUUAAAUCCCAUGGAUUACCAGAGGGUUUACUACCAAAGGGUGUGAGGAAUUUUACAUUAGAUAACUCUGGGAAUUUUGUUGUCCAUUUAGAUCAAGCUUGUAAUGCAGUAUUUGAUAAAAAGGAAAAUGAAUUACACUAUGAAAGGAAUGUAUCAGGAAGAGUUAGUGAUGGUCAGAUCGAUUCAGUUUCUGGGAUUUCAGCUAAAGAUUUGUUUUUAUGGUUUCAAGUGAAGAGAAUCUAUGUUUCAGCUUCAAGUUCUGGUGUUAUUUAUUUUGAUGUUGGUGUUGUCUCUAAGCAGUUUUCAUUGUCUGCAUUUGAUAGUCCAAAGGAAUGUACUGCUGUUCAACUUACAGAUCUUGAAGCUAAGAGUCUAUCCAGGAAGAUUAAGUACAAACUUGAUCAGGGGAAUAUUGGCAAUGCUGUUUUGUAGAAAAUGCAGGUUCAAAAGUUGGUUACAGAAUUGCACAUAGCUCAAUCAAAGGUGUUGGUUGUCUUUGUCAUUCCUUGUAUUGUAAAUGUCUGCAGAGAGUCAAGUCUGGUUUUAGCAGGUCUCAUUUGCUUGGAGCAGAUUGUGCUCUAUGCUGGUUUGCAUUUUCUUGUACAGUGCAGGCAGAAGCGAAUUCAGAAUUUAGAGUCAGUGAGUGAAUCGGAACGGGCAAUAUCUUAUUAGAAAUUGGAAUCUAAGAUGGUAAGCAAGAGAGUGAUGUCAAGGGCAUCUUACAUUACUUGGAGUUUGGGGUAUAGAGAUACAGGUCAUCUGCUCAAUAUGUGAAAUUCUCAGAAAAGGUUUGUUUCUUUGUUGUAUUAUUCAUUUAUGGAUAUAGUCAUAAAUAAUGGUUAUUAGAACAAUUCACUUUUUUUGUAGUUGGAGACAUAGAAUAUGAAAUAAUGAAAUAAAUUUGCCAUUUCUUUCUUA